GUAACAUAAGGUCUGUUCUUUUUGGUUACACUAAAACUGCACUAGAAUUGCACUGAACUGAACUGAACUGUAUGCAAGCCACAUACCUGAUAGAGACUUUUCGUAUAAAUUUCCGUUACGCUUACUUGCACUUCCAAGCUACACUUUCAUGCACUACACUAACCACACUACCUCCUGACUCAGUGCAACAGUUCACUGAAUUGCCUGCACUACAUGCUGUUGCGCUGCGAAAAAGAACAGCGCUGAUGACGUCAUGAUGAUGUCAUUCUCGAUAAAAAGAACGCUUUAGUGUAAACUCCUUGCACUGGUAUGCACUAGUGCAGAAAGUAUUUCGAAAAAAACAGACCUAUAAUUUUGAAAAACAAAGUAACGUGUUCAUGUUUAAGCAGAACUAUGGAAAGAAAAAGGUUUUAAAUACGUUUGAAAGCAGUUUAAAGCAUAAACUUUAUAAUGCUUCAAAGUGCUUGUUUAGUUUUUCGUUUACCAUGAUUUUUUGCUGAUUAUCGGUUUGAAAAUUGUUCAAUUUCAAACGUUUGGAAAGUGUCCCCUAUUUUUGGUUGAGUAGUGUAAUUCCUGGGUUCGAUUCCCGGCAGAGCCAGGAAAAUUUUCAUGCGCUCGUGACUCCUCUUCGGUGAUCUGGCAAACCGCCAAGAGUAUUACUCAUGAAUGAAAACCUUUCUCCAAUUGCCGUUCGGAACUGGCGUUUAAACUGUAGAUCCCGUAUGUAUAUGUAUUAAUUCUGCGUGCGUAUCACAUACGCAUCGCGCAUACGCGUGAGAGAGGAGAGGUAGACCCCGGGUCUUCACAAGAGACUGUAGCGCCAAUAAAAAAAGAAGAAGUGUAAUUUCCCGAACUUCGUUAGCGCUGAUAGGGGGAUCCCCGAACGUACUUCAAAUAUAAUACACUGAUAAGAUACACUGAUAAGAUCUGACUAUAAAUGCUGUCAUAUGAUUUGCUACAUCUCUGUGUUGGUCACUCCUGCGAACCUCUCAGUACCACGUUUCGUGUUUCGGUUUAUUUCGAGUUCAACAUUUAGCUGGCAAUGGCGGGAAGUGAAGAGGAUUGGGACGAAUAUUUUAUGGCAGAAGCUAUCCGUUCUGCAGACGAAAGUAAAAAUACAAGCCCAGUUGGUGCAUGCAUUGUUAAAGAUAAAAAUAAAAUCAUCAGUACCGGGUAUAAUGGAAGGUCUAAUGACCCUCAUGCGGAAGUAAUGGCUAUCCAGAAAGUAACAUUAAGCGAUCGCAGAGACUAUAAAAUGUACGUCACUCUGUUCCCUUGCGACGUUUGUGCAAAUAAAAUUAUACACACUAAGAUAAAGGAAGUGAUAUACAAAGAUGAGAAAAAUAUACAUUAUGUUAACAGUACAAAUUGGAAACAAAAAUCAAGUCCAAUAUUUAAUAAAGCUGGCGUCGCCUACAGGCAAUACAUUCCAAAGAAUAACGAAAAAUAAAUUAAUUUUAUCGAUAUUCACUGUACGUAUCAAUCGUUCAAUGAUUAGCUCAACUACCAAACUAUCGACGAAGGAAGAUAACCAUCUAGAAAAUACUAACAGUAACAUUAAAACAAUGUUAUAAUAUCCCACUCAAUAAAAUAACUAUAUAUAUAUACAACAUACAUGAUAUUGCGCUUGCAUCGUGAAAUGAAAAAUUAUAACAUUGAAUUAUAUAUAAUUAUAAUUUUACUGUUAGUUGGUUUACCAGGCGUUUGUCGUGCUCUUUAUAUCACAUAUAAUAUGUUUAAUAUCAUGUAUAAGUAACAUGUGUAAUAAAGAAAUGUUAUUUAUAUUCAUGUUCAUCAUUUAUUUAUUUUUUUCGUUUGACAUUUCAUAAGUCGAGCCUUUUCAAGUAAUGUUAAUCACCGAGUAGCAUGUGAAAAUACAACUUAUGACUGUAUUGCUGGAUAUCGAUUUGCUUAAAAGAUCAGACAAUCAUAUUUACAUAUAAAAUUUAAUAAUUAAGAAUAGGUACAAACGCAGGCGGGGCACGCCUGCUCUUUCUUCAAUCUUUACAGAUCUGAUAAUUUUCUUUUCCCAUGAGAAUGCAGAAAAUAAAUAAAACUUAAUAUACAGAAAAAUGAGAAGUAAUAACUGCGGUAAGACUAAGAUAGGAUUAAGUAUAUGACACAACUGCGUUUUUAUGCACUUUAUGCCUGCUGUACAAAUGUAAACAGUGAUGCAAUACUUAUGGCAUGGUAGAAAUAUGUAACAGUGUUUAUUUUCUCUUUUAAAUUAAGCGGAAUAAGAUAGACCAGUUUUACAUGAUAUAUUUCCGUGCUGAUGUAUUAUAAUAAAAAGAAACGAUUAAACAUAAAGAUGUUUAUACGCGCGCGCGCGCGCGCGCAUGUGUAUGUGUGUGUUAAUGCUUUUUUUUUAUAUACAUACUAUACAUAUCCAAAUUCGUUUAAUUAAAAUGUUACUCCACAUAUAUCCUCGAUCACGAGUACAGCGUGGAGAAAGUUGGACAAUAAGUAUGAUUAUAUUGUGGAACCUGAAUUCAUCACAUAGAAGUUUUCCUUCGUGCACGUUGCAAAAAAUUUAGAAUAUAUAUCGCCGAGAAGAACCUGCGUAUCUUAUAUUGCGCGUAAUGCGUGUGAUCAGAUAUAAUAUUUAAAAUAUUACGCUUAUUAAAAUAUAAUUAAAAUGUACUAUUAUUAUUAUUAUGUUUAU